AUGCAGUUCACCAUCACCGCCGUCCUUGCCUUUGCCGCCACCGCCGCCUUUGCUGCUCCUCUCGAGGGACGCCAGGCCGGCAUCUGCUCUUCCGGCACUCCUCUCUGCUGCGCUACUGAUGUCCUGAACGUCGCCGACCUCAACUGCUACAACCCCGCCACCACUCCUGCCAACGUCGAUGAACUCAUCACCGGCUGUGCUGAUGCCGGUCAACAAGCCAAGUGCUGCCUUAUCCCCAUCCUUGGCCAGGCCCUCAUCUGCAACGACGUCUCGCCUUCCGCUGGCGGCGCUUCCACCUCCUAA